AUGGCAGAAGAAAAUACCAGUUUGGAGAAUCAUUUACCGCAGAUGGUAGUAUCUAGAUGCUGGCAUGCUUCUAUACCAAAAGUGAGUGCAAGAUUGAUAUCAGGCAAGAACAGAAUCAUAAAGGAUGUAAUUGAUGAUAAUACUGUGUUGUAUGUCUCUAGUUUAGCUGUUAUAAAGCUUGGAUGUUGA